AAUACUGCAAAAGUUUACAAAAGUGCUUCGGUUUAAUAAGAACCGAAUAACGAAAAGAAAUCUUCAAAAUUUCAUUUAUCAAACCAAAUCGUUAUUUAUUUUCCAAAAAAAAAAGUUACCAUGAUACGCCUUAAGCAAAUCGAACCAGCCCAGGUCGAGAUACGCGCCAAGGACGAGGUUCGCGCCAGUUUCAUCGUAUUUGCCGUGCUCUGUGCUACCAUUAGACUGGCCCCAUAUUUGCUGCGCAAGCUGUCUUCCUAGUUAGAUGUACCCAAUUGCCGUAGCCAGAGCUUGUUCCCUAAGCCCAGUCACGACAAGGAGUCUGCUAUAAACAAAAAAUAAAUUCAACUUAACAUGCAAAUAAAUUAAAGAACGCCUUAGCUGAAAAUUAA